AUGGUACCUUUUGGGCGGCUAAAAGUGACACCGAAAGGCAGAGAAGACCGACAAGACACUACAGUAUACUAUUUGUCGUUAUUGUCCCACUUUUCUAAAAAAUCGCAGUUUCUCUUAUCGUACCAAUUUAGCCCUCCAUCACUGGUGUACGAAUAUUACAGCUACAGUAUCGUAUUACUUGACUACGAUAGCUGCUGCCGCCAUGUCAACAUCUUACCCACACAACAAUGUCAGAUAUACGUCUCUACGCUCCAUGGACACAAACGGACAUUGUGUAUAUAUAUAUAUACAUGUCGAGUCUUGCACUUGUCCAUAUACUCUGCACCAUCUGUCCUUCUCAACCGCAAUUAUGUCACAUCACCAAUAAGAGAGCGAAAAACCGGUGCUUCUCGAUACAUCGGCUAUGGGCGCCAUUGCGAGGGGAGACCAGACAUGGUGGAAGCACAUGAGGGCGGGGGGCCGAUGCCGGUGCUGGAAAGUCGAGGUUUGCAAGCUGCAUUUCGACAAACUUGCGGUUCAGUCACACUCCAACAACCUGGUAACUCCACACAAGCCACAAAUCCGUUGUACCGUUUCAGCUACACCGCCACAAGUUUUUUUCAUUUUGAGCCACAACCUGGAUUUCACAUCAGACAUGAACUGAUUAGGCUCUGUGGGGGGGGAUGGCACAGAUAA